CGGCGUUCCAAUCUGCAUCACCAGUGGCCUGAACUCAAGGUGCCGUGAAUCUCCUUCUCUCUAUCACACCUUCUUCAUUAACUAAACUUAUCAUCAACAUCUUUAUUUGCGUACUGGGUUUCGAUUGCUUUCAUCUCUGUUCGAAAUUCAAAAGCUUUUAGUAUUAAUUGGUUCACUUCAAUUCAAUUUUGAUGACGAUUGGAAGCCUUAAGCCUGUAAAGGAUAAGUCAAUCAAGAACAAACAUGUUGUUGAUGAGAAAGUCCCUUUAUUGCCCACUAAGCAUGAAGAAGAUGGUGGAUUUGAUGAGUUCAACGGUGCUUCAUUUUCGGGGGCGGUGUUUAAUCUGUCAACAACAAUCGUUGGUGCUGGAAUCAUGUCAUUGCCUGCAACCAUGAAGGUUCUUGGUAUUGUUCUUGGUAUUGGAAUGGUAAUCUUUAUGGCAUUCCUUGCAGAGGCUUCCAUAGAGCUCUUACUUAGAUUCAGCAGAGCUGGGAAGACUUCUUCGUAUGGUGGUGUAAUGGGAGACUCCUUUGGAAAGUGGGGAAAGAUUAUGCUUCAAAUAUGUGUUCUGGUCAAUAAUAUUGGCGUAUUAAUUGUCUAUAUGAUAAUAAUAGGCGAUGUCCUUUCGGGAACAAAUGCAAGUGGAGUUCAUCACACUGGUUUGCUGGAAGGCUGGUUUGGCGCAAGCUGGUGGAAUGGACGUACAAUUGUUCUUCUUGUGACCACUCUUGUUAUAUUUGCUCCUUUAGCGAGCUUAAAGCGAAUUGAUUCAUUGAGUUACACAUCUGCCCUGUCGGUUGCUUUGGCGGUUGUGUUCAUUGUGAUCACUAUUGGAAUUGCUGUCAUAAAGCUUAUAAAUGGAAGCAUUUUGAUGCCUCAGUUAUUUCCCAACAUUACUGACAUGACAUCAUUCUGGAAUCUCUUCACCGUCGUCCCUAUAUUCGUCACAGCUUACAUUUGCCACUACAAUGUUCACACAAUUGACAAUGAACUGGAAGAUAAUACUCAAAUAAGACCAGUUGUUCGAACAUCUCUUGCGCUUUGCUCAUCUGUUUAUGUGAUGACAAGUUUAUUCGGAUUCCUCUUGUUUGGCGAUGGGACUCUCGACGAUGUUCUGGCUAACUUCGAUGUUGAUCUCCACAUCCCUUAUGGGUCGUUGCUUAGCGAUAUUGUUCGUGUUAGCUAUGCAGCUCAUCUCAUGCUGGUCUUUCCCAUUGUUUUCUAUCCUCUUCGUUUGAACUUAGAUGGACUAUUAUUUCCUUCUGCAAGACCAUUGGUUUUGGACAACUUGAGAUUCGGUUCCAUUAGCGUGGGCUUGCUUUCUGUCAUCUUCAUGGGCGCUAAUUUCAUACCAAGCAUUUGGGAUGCUUUCCAGUUCACAGGAGCAACUGCAGCAGUUUGCAUCGGGUUCAUCUUUCCUGCAGCCAUCACUCUUAAAGACAGGCAUGGGAUUGCAACAAAGAAAGACAAGAUCCUAUGCAUGUUCAUGAUCGUGCUCGCGGUUUUCUCGAAUGUGAUAGCGAUAUACAGUGAUGCAUAUGCAUUGUUCAAGAAGAAAGAUUCUGCCCGUGAGUGAAUCUGAAUGAUUGCCCAUUUGCAAAGAUUCUUUUCGGAAUCAGAAAGGCAAGUAGUUUCAAUAAAGACAAGAUGCUUCAUUCUUCUUUUCUAUGUAGCAGUAGAGAGUAUGUUUGAAGCUGUUUUUACCUGUCCAAUGUAUUAUAGUUUGUUUGUUUGUUCGCAGGUUAUGUUAUAUAUAUUGCUUUGUGUGUUUUUGUGUAAUAUAUAUUGUAUGGACGGUGUCAUAUAGCAAUGUCACUUUUGAUUGUUUUACUAGUACUACAUUAAUGUACAACACACAAAUUUGUUUCAAAUAUUAAAAUUUGUGUACU